UCUUCUCCCACCGCGGCGUUGCCGCUGCUCGCCUGCGGUGCAUUCACCAUUUGCCCAUCCGUCAGUGGCGGUCCUUCCACAGUCGUGCACAUUGUCGACCAUGUCUGCCAACUUGGCGCCGACGUUGAGACGACCGAGGCCCUCACCGAUCUGCCGAUACAGACGGCCUCGAGUGACGACAGUGGCGUCGCCAGCAGCCUCGGUUGCGAGACCGUCAUGGCGACGGGAAAAGCCUCGCCGAUGCCGGCCAAUUCGGGCCUCCUGUUCGGCACAUUGUUGGCAGAGCCCGGGUUGCUUCCACACGCUCCACAAUUCAAUCCUACGUCGGCUCUUACGCUGCUUUCGAUCGGGCCGACCGGAUCAUUUCAACCGUUGCACACGCCAGUCUCCAGCCUCCCGAGGCCGGUGACUUUUAUCAACAGGAUGGAGCGACCUUCUACACAAAAGUUGAUGCUCAGCCAGACUCACGCUUUUCAAGCUGUAUCACUGCCUCCAGACGAGUCGGAAGAUUCAGAAACUAUUAACUUGGCUCCACGUCUGAUGACGACCAUUUUGGGCGGUGAGCUGGACGCCAGCUGCCAGUAUAGCCCAGUCUUGGCUGAGUGUCCUUAUUCAGCCCAGUGA